UUAGAGAAAAGGCAACAUAAUUUUACUAUAAAAGCCUCGAAAACAUAGUCGUUCAUUAACUAAUCUUUCGAACAUACAUACGAGUACUACUAUCGACGAGUUAAAAAAUGAAUUUCUUCAGCUUAUUUUCUGUGAUUGUCCUUUUUGUGACUAUUACCAGUUUCUACACAGCGAACGCUGCAGCUAUCGUAACAGCAGCAACGCCGGCAACAGCCGCAACACCAGCACCAUUACUGCUGUUAAAGGCAACAGCAGCAACGCCGGCAACAGCCGCAACACCAGCACCAUUACUGCUGUUAAAGGCAACAGCAGCAACGCCGGCAACAGCUGCUACACCAGCACCAUUACUGCUAGUAAAGGCAACAGCAGCAACUCCAGCAACACCAGCACCAGCUGCAGUAGCAGCAUUAAAAGCAACAGCAGCAACGCCAGCACCAGUAGCAACAGCCGCAACACCAGCACCAGCUGCAGUAGCAGCAUUAAAAGCAACAGCAGCAACGCCAACACCAGUAGCAACAGCCGCAACACCAGCACCAGCUGCAGCCCGCAAAUAAUGCUGCGGCAAGACGUUGGCGUGCUAGAAGGCGAAUUCAAGCUCGCAGAAGAAGGCAAUCACAAUGAAGAUGAGCUCAAGUUAGAGCACAAAGACAACAAUAAUAGCGAAGACAAAGAAGAAGAAGAUAACAGUUUACAGAAAUUGAUAUCCACUCUUUUUGUCGGCUAUAAUUUUUGGAGUUUGUCUAUGUAUGUAUUUAUGUAUGUAUGUAUGCAUUUGUGUAUGAGUAUAAGCCAAAGGCAACGAAUCGUCAAUUAAAUCGUGAAAUUACAAAAAUUUCAGAGAACCAGUUUGUUUUUUGACUUAAAUUUUAUGCAUUAGUGCAAACGUAGACGUUGUUGUGGGUUUUAACGUGGCGGUACCCAAACCACUAAAAAUUCACCAUAUAAAAAUCGUACUAGGCGAUUUCAAUGCCAAGGUGGACAAAAAAGAGAUCUUUGACGCCAUUGUAGAAAAAUUGAGCCUGCAAGGUU